UUCUUUUCAUCGUGAUCCAAUCUAGGGAAUCGGGGUGGGGGGCGUCGCUGCGAGGAAUACCGCUUCGGCGUCCUCGGCCACUUGCCGAGGGAGGAGUAUCUGAGGGGUUCAGCGGAAACGGAGCCUCCCCGGACUGGGGUCCCGGGGGUCUCGGGGCACCGUCUGCAGAGAUCAAGGCCUCGAGAGGCUCGGGCCGUGAGAACUUGGCCCUCCGCAGUCCAGCUUCUCGCGGCAGGUGCCAGGCAGGGCGCGAGUGAUUCGAUCGCGGCGGCGGCGGCGAGAGGACUCCCUCGCCGGGCGGCCAGUCGGGGGCGCCACUGCCGCGCCUCAGGGCUCCGGCCCGUAGGCUACCCCAGAGCGGGCGGAUCAUGAAGGGCGGAGCCCCUGGGAAGGGGCCGGCCCUCACUCUGCGCUCCCCUGCUCCCCCUCAUCCCAGGCCGCAGCCUGGGAUCCCCCAGGGACCCCUUGAAGCCGCCGUUUCCCCAUGGACUUGCCUGGGGAUCCCAGUCCUUCCGGCCGGCCGAGUCUGUGCCGUCAGCCCCUAGCCCGAGCGUUACGGGAAGCCCGGAGCCCGAAACGACCGAGGCUGCAGCCCCGGGGGGCCCCUUCUCCCCUGGAAAAGGCCUCUCGGCGAGUCCUGGCCGUGGUGCUGGAAGAUGUCAUGGCUCCCCACACGGUCUCCCGAGCCAGACAAAAGGAGUUCAUCCCAUGGGACCAGAGCGACCACCAAGCUUCUGUCUGUAACCAGGCACCCACCUCACCGCCCAGGCAGGUCAAGUGGUCUUCGCAGGCCAGGCCUCCCGACUCUCUGCAUUUAUGCAGAGAUCCCUUAAGUCGCAUCCACCGAUCUUCUACGCUGAGGCGGCGAUCGAGGACAACCCCUAGCCCUGAGAGCAGCCCUGCACAAAAGGUGGACCGGGCCCCCCAACCCACCCUGGUGGUGCUGCUGGAAGAUAUUGGUGCUCCCAGGCCCCCAGCGGAGGGCUUCGUCGGUGAGAGCCCCAACUUCAUCAUCCCAGUACAAAGAGCUGAGCCUGUGAUGAUGGUUCACCAGUCAACGCCUGCACCCAGGGACCGAGAUCCUCCGUUCCAGCCAUACCCGCUGUCUGCAGACCAUGCGGACAGCCCAACACCAGCCCCAGAUGCGGCUCUGGAGCCCCCAUCGACCCCACCACCAUCCAGCCUUUUGCGCCCCCGCCUCAGUCCCUGGGGCUUGGCCCCCCUCUUCCGCUCCGUGCGCUCCAAGCUGGAGAGUUUCGCUGACAUCUUCCUUACACCCAACAAGACCCCGGAGCCCCCACCCCCGUCCCCGCCCAUGAAGCUGGAGCUGAAGAUUGCCAUCUCGGAGGCCGAGCAGUGCAGGGCCGCGGAAGCCACUGCCACCAUCAGCCCCCGGCCCCCCAUCCGCCAGUGGCGGUCUCAGGACCACAGUAUUCGUGCACCUCUCCCUAAACUCUCUCUGGGCCGAAGCCACUCCUGCCCUGAUCUGGGGCGCCCGGGCCCGGGCCCCUGCGCCUGGCCCCCUUCUCCACCCCAACCAAGCCGGCCACGGCCGCGGCGGCACACCGUCGGGGGUGGAGAGACGGCCAGCGCCCCGCCGCCCCCUCUGCCCUGUCUCCGGAAGGAGGUCUUCCCUCUCGGGGGAGUAGGAGCCUCCCCUCCUCGAGCCACAUCUUGCUCGUCCACUGCGCCCACUUCCUCCUUCUCCGAAGCAGCAGAGCCCAGGUUGGGCUCGGCCAAGGGGAAGGAGCCAGGGGCCUCAAAGGACCAGGUGCCUUCAGACCCCGAGACCAAGACUAUGGGAAAGGUUUCCCGAUUCAGAAUACGCAGAACACCCAACCGUCCUCAACUGAAUCUUACACCAAUGGGGCUGCCCCGUCCAGUCAGAUUGAACAAGAAGGAGUUCAGCUUGGAAGAAAUUUAUACCAACAAGAACUAUCAGUCACCCACAGGCAGGAGGACCUUUGAGACCAUCUUUGAGGAACCACGGGAGCGCAAUGGGACUCUGAUUUUCACCAGCUCCAGGAAGCUCCGCCGGGCUGUAGAAUUUCGAGACGGCAGCCUUCCUCGAUCCCGUCGGCCAUCCCGCGGGGUCAGGGCGACCGCGGGCAGGACUGUUACUCCCGGCCCGGCCCCCAGCCGGGACGUGGGGCCUCUGCUGCAGAAGCGGCUGGAGGAGCUCGAUGCCUUGCUCCUGGAGGAGGAAAAAGCGGGUGGGGAGAGGCCCCACCAGUGCUAGGAGCUCCGUCCAUCUCCCAGCCAGGGAAGGCGCUGUUUGUCCGUCCAUCUCCCUAGAGGGAGGGGAAACCUCUGAGGCAGUUAUAUUUUUUUCUCUAUAUUUCUAGUAAAAUUUUCGAUGCUUCUGAUUUUC